AUGGCUGACAUAGAAGAUGGUCAGACUUCUAAAUCAAAGUCUUCUCAUAAGGCUUCAAACUCUCAUGCCACUGGACCUUCAACUAAGAGACACUCAUCACCACCUAAAGUUGAAAUGGUUGCAUCCACCUAUACUGCACUUCUUAACACUCAGGAACAACCCAAAGAAGUCGGUGUCAUAGUUGAGUAUCUGCAUAAAUGCUCGUUGGCAUAUGCACUUCUUUCUACUUCUCCAACUCCACAAUCUCUUAUCAGUGAAGUGUUUCAGUCAGCAAUCAUCUCCACAAGAGCAAGGUCCAAACAACUAGAUGUUGAAUUUAAUAUUUUUCAAGCUACUUUGGUACUCACUAAAGAAGAGUUCGCAGUCAGUUUAGGUCUAAGGGAUAUUCCUCCUACACCUCAGACAUUUGUCACACCAACUUCUGCUCAAUUAUUGACAAUGUUCAAGGAAAUGGGGUAG